UGACAUCAUUUCAUGAGCUCAUGAAGGUGCGCUACAGCAGCAAAAGACAAACACAAACAACUUGAGUCUUAAGGUUUUACUUUUCAGUCAAAGCAAAAGAGAUUUUCUUCCAUCUUCAUCUUUCAUGAUGGAGGGCUUUGCUGAUCUUCUCACUGAUGCAUUUUCAGAGGGUUCAGUUCCCUCGUUUUCCACGGGAGAUUUGGACUUUGAGAGCUUCUGUUUUGAUGAGAGGAGCGAGGAGGAACAGAACAAAAACCCAAAGACAGAGAACGACGAGGCUCGGCUUCAGGAAGCAUCUGCAGAAGGUGCAGCUUUGUUGGAGGGCCCCCUUGCAGACGCACUGAACUCAGAUGAGAACGCUUACAAAGAGCAGACUGAUGAGGAAAAUGAUGAAGAGGGGCUUAACCGGGUCCGUUUUAGCAAUGAAACCCCAGAGGACGAUGAAUGCCCAAGCUCUGACGGAGAAGAAGAACGGAGCUAUUUCUGCUCUGGAAGAGAUGGAGAGGAGGAGGCUGAAUGCCAAGAGGAAGAUGAAGAUACACUGAAGUUAAUUUAUAAAACAGUGGAUGGGAUCCUGGAGGAUGAAGACUCUGAGAUCCUGGAAGAUGUUGAUGAGCUUCAAGUCAGCAACAACCUGCAAGAAGAGGCGCACAGUGAUGAAGAGGAGAACGGAUGUAGAAAUGAGAACAUUGCAGAAAGUCCUGAGAGUGAGGAGGAACAAGAAGUCGACCCGGACUCCUCUGAAUCCGACUACGAAGGUGUGAAAACUGAAGAGGAAGAGAAAGAAAAACCCGGCCCUGCCGAUCCGGCAGAUUCUGGUUUGGAGUUCUCCUGCAUAUCUCUCCAGAAUCUGCAGGAUCUCAUCUCUGAAGUGGAUGGUGAGGUUUACGAAGAGAAAAUGUCAGACUUCACUGGCGAGGAGCACCAGGAGGCAGGCGAGAGCUUUGCAGAUUACCCCUCAGACUUUUCCUCUGGUGAAUACGGCAGAAAUGCUGCCACUGCACGGAGCGCCUCGCCUCGUCUGAGGGAGGAAGAAGGCCUGCAAAGAGCCGUGACUGAAAGCCACGAGUCUGAGGAGGAGGGUUCUGGGAAGGAGGAAGAGUUCCUGUUCAGCAGAGAUAUAGAAGUAAAUGUUGAGAAGAUGAUGAUGAGCCUGGAUGAAGCAGCUGGAGAUGAAGUUGAAGGGAAAACAGAGCAUUUGUUGAGAGGGACCAGCUUUGACGAUGAAGAGAAGACAAGUGAGAGCGACUCCUACAGCUCCAGUGAUGAUGAAGAGCCACUGAGAAGAUCCAGUGAUGUAUUUUCAGAUAAGUCCAGAACCCGAUUCCUUGAACACAACACAAACCUGGAGAACAUUAGAUCUCUUGGUGCCAGCGGCUCUGAUGACAGCAGCUUUGGGCGUGACAGAUACGAUCCUGCUGAGUUCCUCAGCUCAGGGUUAGGUGAGUUAGAAACCAAAACCUUUCUGUAUGAAUUCUUCCUGAGUGGAGAGGACACAGAUGGGACAGAAUCACCAAAUUCAGGGGGAAAUCAGUGUCCGGAUCAAGAUGUCAACAGCUACUCUGUGGUGCAGAAGAAAGACUCGAUACCAGCAAGUCCGUUCGUCCAAGGAUCCAUCGACGACAGCUUCUUCUUCAAUACUGAACCCAAGGACUUCACUGAUGAUGGACAGCAGGAGGAGGAGGAAGAGGAAGAGGAGGAGGAGGACGAGUACGAAGAAAGGAGAAACUUUGAGCAGAUGAAGCAGAGAAUCGAAGCUUUCAAAAGAUUUUACGACAACAGCGAUGACGAGAACGGGCGAGAAGAGAGGCAGAUAAAAGUUCAGUUUUGUGCAGACCCCUUAUCUCAAGUGAAUUAUUAUGAAACGGACAGCAGUGACAGAGACUCAGUCAGCAGCUCCUCAGACAGGGAGGAAGACCUGAGCUCUGCAGAACAAUCUGAUGACAAAGAGGAAGAUCUGAAUCCUGCAGAACAAUCUGAAGACACAGAGGAAGAUCUGAAUCCUGCAGAACAAUCUGAAGACACAGAGGAAGAUCUGAAUCCUGCAGAACAAUCUGAAGACACAGAGGAAGAUCUGAAUCCUGCAGAACAAUCUGAAGACACAGAGGAAGAUCUGAAUCCUGCAGAACAAUCUGAAGACAAAGAGGAAGAUCUGAAUUAUGCAGAACAAUCUGAAAAUAAGGAGGAGGACCUGAACUCUGGGGAACAAUUUGAAGACUCGAGCUCUGCAGAACAAUCUGAUGAACCGCAGGAGCCUGAAGAAGACCUGGACAUAAAACCUGUGUUUGGUCCCCCAAUCGUUCAGCAGCAUCAGAGCCCGGCAGACGUCGUUGACACACAAACCUGCACGCCAACACGCAAGGCUUUCAGCACACUGAAGAUGAUCGUGACGCUGGGAGUGCUGACGGCGACGGGGCUGAUGAUGUUCUGCCUGGCCACAGACCAACCCGACUGGCUCAGACCGUUUUUCUUCUUUUAGAGCUGCAGCUCAUUGUGGUUAUAAAGACUGAAAAAAAAAAAGCUCUGUACACAUAUGCAUUUCUACCUUUAAAGUUAUUUUUUUGUUUACAAUGGUGACCUUUACUUUGGAAAUAUAUAAAUGUAAAAUAUAACUAAAAAAAAUGGGGUUUUUUAAUGAAUUGUGUGGUAAUGACUUUGUGAAUUAAAAUGCUGAAAUGUUAACCGAA